AUGUUAACCAAAGUUCUCCUGAUCCUCCUAGGCAUGUCCAUAAUCCUUCCGUCUAGGAGCGAAGAACCUCAUGUUGAAUCAGAAAAUGGACCUUCUGCCCAUGAGGAUGUCUAUGGGCCCCAGCCCCAGGCUCCUGAAAAGAAGCUCCUCUCUGAGGAAACAAUGCGCACCCUUACUGGUCCCCAUCGCAGACUUGGGAAACUGCCAGCAGCCACUCACAUUCUGAACAGCAUCCUGAACAACUAUGACCACAAACUGCGCCCUAGCAUAGGAGAAAAGCCCACUGUGGUCACUGUUGAGCUCUCUGUCAACACUCUUGGUCCUAUCUCUAUUCUGGACAUGGAAUACACCAUUGACAUCACCUUCUGCCAGACCUGGUAUGAUGAACGCCUCCGUUACAAUGGCAACUUUGAGAGUUUUGUCCUUAAUGGCAACAUGGUGAGCCAACUAUGGAUCCCAGACACCUUUUUUAGGAAUUCUAAGAGGACUCAAGAGCAUGUGAUCACCAUGCCCAACCAGAUGGUUCGCAUCCACAAGGAUGGCAAAGUGUUGUACACAAUUAGGAUGACCAUUGAUGCUGGAUGUUUACUCCACAUGCUCAAAUUUCCAAUGGAUUCUCACUCUUGCCCUCUGUCUUUCUCUAGCUUUUCCUAUCCUGAGAGUGAGAUGAUCUACAAAUGGGAAGAUUUCAAGCUUGAAAUCAAUGAGAAGAAUUCCUGGAAGCUCUUUCAGUUUGAUUUUACAGGAGUGACCAACACUACUGAAACUAUCUCAACCCCAGCUGGUGAUUUCAUGGCCAUGACGCUUUUCUUCAAUGUGAGCAGACGGUUUGGCUUUGUAGCCUUUCAAAACUAUGUCCCUUCUUCUGUGACCACAAUGCUCUCCUGGGUUUCCUUUUGGAUCAAGAAAGACUCUGCUCCAGCCAGGACCUCUUUAGGAAUAACCUCUGUACUCACCAUGACCACACUGGGCACAUUUUCCCGUAAGAAUUUCCCACGUGUCUCCUAUAUCACAGCCUUGGAUUUCUAUAUUGCCAUCUGCUUCGUCUUUUGCUUCUGUGCUGUGAUGGAGUUUGCUGUGCUCAACUUUCUGACCUACAACCGGAUGAAACCCCGUGCUUCUCUAAAACUUCGCCAUCCACAUAUUCGUGCCCGUGCCCUUACCCCUCCCCGUGCCCGUGCCCACGAGCAUCCAGAAGCUUUUGUGUGCCAGAUCGAAGACUCUGAAGAGAGUGAUGGAGAGGAGGGUCCAUCUUGUCCAGCUCAGCAGUCUCUCAGCCGAGAUACCAUCCAGAGCCCUGGUGGUUGUUGCAAGUGGUGCAAGAAGUACUUCUGCGUGGUUCCCAGUUGUGAGGGCAGUAUCUGGCAGCAGGGCCGCCUCUUCAUCCACAUCUACCGCCUGGAUAACUACUCACGAGUUGUUUUCCCAGUGACCUUCUUCUUCUUCAAUGUGCUUUACUGCCUUGUUUGCCUUAACUUGUAGGU